AUGCAGAAGAGUCCAUCUAUCACAUACUCAGCUGUUGACGCUGGAAACGCCGAACAUGACACCAUCGAAAAUAACGGAACGCAGGACGAUAGUAGUGAUACAUGUACUGUGUCGUCCCUAUCAGACUGCUCAGGGGAUGAGGCAUCUAGCGACGAGUACAACACAUUGGCAAAUGAAACUUGGUCCAUAGAGAAAGCAGAGGUCGAUAACCCUGCAGUUGUAUCACGCGCCGAAUUACCCGUAGCAGGCUGGCCAACCGAAGCGCGCGUCCUCCAUGGGGUAUCUGCUUGGCUGAUCGUGGGUAACAUACUGUUAUUUCUUUUACCCGUUCCUUUCCUUGUGCUUGCAAUCACAGCGGUUGGAUUCAAUUCAAAUCCGAUUUCUGAACGCGGUCAAAUGGUUCUACGCGCCAUGAACCUCGGACCUACAAUAUUCCCCCUUGUGUUCGCAAGUGUCAGCAGCUGUUGCUUGAGAAAUAUUGCGCUUAUCAGAAUUGAAUCGGGAGUAAGACUCCAGACGCUUGAAGAGCUGCUAAGUAGUCAAAGUGUGGUCUCCGCCAUAGCCUGCUUUGUGAAACUUCGCUCUGUAAACCUUCUGAGUAUUCUCCUUCUGAUAUUCUGGAUGCUAUCUCCGCUUGGAGGCCAAAGCUCUCUUCGCCUACUUUACGAGACAAAUUCAACCACGUCGACAAGCAACACGAUAUCAUAUUCCUCAUCCAAUGCGGUAUUUGAGCUUAACGAACAAACCGUUCACACUGCCAGUACUAUCAUGGCGGCGAACCUAAUAGCACCUGAUACAAUCAAGAAUGGCGCAUUCGAUCUUUGGGGUGAUGUCAAGGUCCCAAGGAUUGAUUGGACUAAGAUUGACAACGACAGCACGACAGCAAUGGUCACCCUUGGAAGUGGCUCUGCCGCCAAACGUAACGAAUUUACCUCAUGGACAGGCGUCAAGAUAAGAGAUGUUAAUCCUAGUCGGCGGUAUCAAUUCGAUAUGAAAUACGACUAUAUAGAUCUCACUUGUACCCCGCAUCUAUCAUCAAGGAAUCCAGUUGAUAUAUUGGCCUAUCUGACCCGAUCAGACAUACAUACUGGUCCUUUCGACCCACCUGAAGACUCGGCAGCCAGUAUCAUUGCACAAGACGCAAUAAUGGAAGCGGAGGGCAUGAUCUUCAACAGAACGGUCAAAGCGUAUGGUGUGCACGUACCUUCGCCACGACCAGCAGCUACUUUCUUCAGAUAUGCUUACAAUAGUACAAAUCAGAAGGAGAAAAAUACGGAAACAGCCUCAUAUUUGACCUACUUUCUAUAUGGAGCUCGGUACACGUCCUUAGGUCCCCAAGUCUUCCAGUGCUUGCCGACCUAUUACCACUUAGAGGUGGGUGUUCGAUGUCAACCGAACAGCCAAUGCAAUAUCUUCCGGAUGCGACGGAUACCACCUGUUGUAACAACUCAUAGUAUACUCGAGGGGAAGAACGAAAUACCCUGCCACGCAAAUCUCGGAAGCCUCCCGUGUCUCCUUCUCAACACGAAUACUCUGAAAUUCUUCAUUGAGUGGUGGGCUACCAUACUCUCGACUCCUACUCAGACCAAUGGAACUGAUCCGUACGACAUUUAUAUAGCCGCUUUGCAAGGUAAAGGCUUUGAAUUAGGAACAGCUGGAAGACUCUCACCACACUGGGACUCCAUCAAUGCGACCAAUCUAUCGGCUCGUCUCACACUAGCAUUUAAUACCUAUUGGCAGGCCAUUCAAUGGCAGGGGCAUACAAUGCUUACGAACACAUCCGAUGUUAUUCAGGAACCCUUGAUGGCAAAUGCAGGGUGCACUGAAGAAUCCGACAUCCUAAUGUAUCGAGUCAGCAUUCCGUGGAUCAUGGUUCUCGUGUUUACCACCCUCAUCCUUCUAACUCUUGCUACCGUCAAUCUCGUCGUGUCAUUCAUGAUUAUCGCACCCGAUUUGCUAGGAUACGUUUCAACGUUGACACGCUCGCCAGCCGGCAAAAGUCCAGUCGCCCCCUUUCACACUGAGACUGGGACUACACUGGAUGGCGCAGAACGGGAUAGACUGCUUAGGAACAGGAUUAUCUGUAUUGAAGACAUGAGUCCUGGAGCGGAAGUCGGAUACAUUGCAAUCAGGCUACAUUGCGAGAAUGCGGAGCGAUUGUGUGUCAGCCAACCCGAGAGACUGAGGAAGGGGAGGCUAUAUAUCUAA